UAGUAGGAAGAAAAAAUGAAAUUCAAAGACAAUGACAGAUCAAAGUUUAUAGAUUUUGAAGAUAUGAAUGGUUGAUAUAAGACUUUAGAUUAGUACUAGUCAUACCGAUGAUGUGUUUCCUUUUUCUCCAUAGUUUUGUAGACAGGAACUUUGAAGUGGUCAUAUUUUGUCAGCUGUAGCAGAAUAUGAUAAUGAAAUUUUGACGAUGACGAGUUUGUCUUGAAGCUGAACAAAAAUAUUUAUCUCGACUUUUUUAAACAUUUCAAUUUUAGCUACAUUAUUUGUUGAUCUAUAGAUAUCUCAAAUACUGAGUUAUCCAAAGGAAUAAGAAAAAUGGAGGUGAUCAACACAAAUGAAGCAAAGUAUGACAGAAAGGCUGAACUACAAGCCUUUGAUGAGACGAAAGCCGGUGUCAAGGGACUAGUGGAUGCAGGUAUCACCAAAGUACCAAGGAUUUUUGUCCAACCAUCGAAGAGUGAAGAUUCAACAAUUGACAGCAACAAGAAAUUCAGUUUUCCAGUAGUCGAUCUUGAUGGCAUCAAGGAAGAUCCGAUCAAGCGAAAGAAGAUUGUCCAGGAAGUCGGUCAUGCAUCCGAGACAUGGGGUUUCUUUCAAGUGAUCAAUCAUGGAAUUCCUAGUCGUGUUCUGGAGGAAAUGAAAGACGGAGUUAUCAGGUUCUUUGAGCAAGAUACUGAGGUGAAGAAACAAUGGUAUACGCGGGACUUGACAAAAGAGUUUACAUAUAACAGCAAUUUUGAUCUGUUUAAGGCGCCGGUAACAAACUGGAGGGACACUUUUACUGCUACUAUAGCUCCUAUUCCUCCAAAUCGCGAUAUACUCCCUUCUGUCUGCAGGGAUAUUCUCCUCGAGUACACAAACCAAGUGAUGGAAUUAGGAGACACUCUAUUUGAACUACUGUCUGAGGCUAUCGGUCUGGAACCAAACCACCUCAAGGAUAUGGGUUGUUCCGAGGGGCUUAUGGCGUUAGGCCAUUAUUAUCCAGCAUGCCCACAACCCGAACUUACUCUAGGAACCAGUACGCAUGCUGACAAUGACUUCCUCACCGUGCUUCUCCAAGAUAAUAUAGGCGGCCUCCUAGUCCUACAUCAGAACCAUUGGGUAGAUGUCCCCCCUACUCCCGGAGCUCUCGUGGUCAAUAUAGGAGAUAUUCUACAGCUUAUAUCAAAUGACAAGUUCAAAAGUGUUGAUCAUAGAGUAUUGGCAAAUAAGGUUGGUCCAAGGGUAUCGUUAGCAUGCUUCUUUAUGACAAAUUUUGCGCCAACACAAAGGCGAUAUGGACCUAUCAAGGAGCUGAUAUCAGAACACAAUCCUCCAAAGUACAGGGAAACGACGAUCAAGGAGUUCACAACUUAUUUCAAUAACAAAGGGCUAAAUGGCACUUCCACUCUGUUGCAUUUUAGACUUUAGACUAAAUUGUUCAAGCAAUUAUUGGUGCAAAUAUAAUAGGUAAGUGGUUGUGGAAAUAAUAGAUACUGUAUCAAAUACGGUUUGCACAACUAUAUAUAUAAAACUAUGUAUGCUCAUGUAACCAUCAAUGAAUUGUACUCACAGUAAGUAAUUUUCAUGAUUAUGUUAGAAGCACUUCUUGAA